UGUGUGAAACUGAUCCCUCUGAGUCAAACAUUAGGAAAGAUGAACGGACCUCCCCCUGCAUGUGGUUCCGCGGUAGAAACUCCGCUCUCAGGCUGAGAGAGCCACAGCCGAUUGGAAAGGAUUUCAUAAAUCCCGAGUUGGUCUCCACCACAGGGGAUUUACAUAUUUCGACCUGAACGUCAAACACGGGCAAACAAAACAGGAGGAAACAUUUCGCUCAUCGCAGUUUCAUUUUACGCACUGUUCCGUCAAAACUACGCAUUUUCCAAAGAAGCCGCGUAAGAGAGACUGAUUUCAAACAAGGAGGCAGCUGAUCUGUGGGACCCGGCUUGAAAGAAGAAGAAAGGAAAGUUGAGAUUUCUCAUCUGGAUUUUUGGAAGGAACAAAAGGAGAAACAUGUCCAAGCCUAAUUACUCCGGGACGUAUCAUAUGGUGGAUCAGGAUAACAUGGACACCUACCUCGCAGCUUUAGAUAUUAACUUUGCUCUGAGGAAAAUCGUGUGUCUCUUGAAGCCCACCAAAGAGAUCAGCCAUGACCCGGCCACAGGGGCCAUGAAGAUCCGCACCAUCACUACCUUUAAGAACUUCAACAUGGAUUUCACUAUUGGAAAAGAAUUUACUGAGGACCUGGGGCCGGUGGAUGGACGUACCUGUCAGACCACAGUGAGCUGGGAAGGAGACAAACUGGUCUGUGUACAGCGAGGCGAGAAAGAGGGCCGAGGCUGGACGCACUGGCUGGAGGGUGACAAGCUGCACUUGGAGAUGAGAGUUCAAGGCGUGGUUGCUAAGCAAGUCUUCAAGAAGGCUGAUUGAAGUCCUGGAAAUGUAUGUUUAGUAAAUAACCUCAAUUUAUUCUUAACAGAAAAUAGUCAAAGACUUGGUGCAAGAAUUAAAAUGUUUAUAGCUUUUUUUUUAUUAUAAUCAAUACAAAAUAUUACAGUACAAAUGAAUAUCUAUGAGAAUACUAUUAUGUACUUGUUAAUCGUUUGUGAUGGUACUAACUGAGAAGACAGCAGCAGAGCAGAAUGACUCGUGACAGUAAACAUUCCCAACUUACUUCCUCAUAUUGCACUAUCUAUCUUUGCAAUGUUAUAAACAAAUCAGACAUCUGUCAGGCAUCAACUGCUCCAUCUUUAAUACAGCACAUUAUACUCCAUAUUUCACAA